AUGGACCAUGAAGACUUUGACAGGGUGGUGGCGUCUUCCUGGACAGAAUGGAUCUCUGGGUCCCCUAUUUUUGUUCUUAUGAACAAACUGAAACGUCUAAAAGAGGUCCUGAAGACAUGGGCGAGACCUUCCUUCCCUCACCUUGACAGAGCGUUGGAUGAUGCGAAGAAUGUCCUCUCUCUAACUCAGGAUCAGAUUGAGAGAGAGGGGAUGAAUGAACAACUGUUUGCUUUGGAGACUGAUGUGAAGACGGCCUUGGUAAAGGCCUUGGAGAAUCAUGAAAGAAUUUGGGCUGAAAAGGAUCAACUAGGAGAUAUUGUUGUUGACUUCUACGAGAGAUUUCACAGAGCUACGCCUACGAUGGAUCAUGUGGAAUUGUUGGACUGUAUUCCAAGGAUUCUUAAUCAGGUAGAUUGCUAUAGCUUGGACUUGCUUCUCGGGAACACUAAAAUAAGGAGGGUGGUUUGGGAGCUUGACCCAGACAGCUCGCCUGGCCUUGAUGGAUUCUCUGUGGUGUUUUUUCGGAAAUGUUGGUCCACUGUAGAAAUGGAGGUGUGCAAUGUUGUGAGGCAGUUUUUUAGCUCGUGCUCUAUGCCUCACGGGGUGAAUAAUAACUUUCUUGUUUUAAUUCCCAAAGUGGAUGGAGCAGAUACUUUGGAUAAGUUCCAGCCUCUCUGUAUGGGAAAUAUUUUCUGUAAAAUAAUCUCUAAAGUGAUGGCUCUGAGACUGGAGACUCUCCUCCUUAGACUGAUAUCAGAAGAACAGGGGGCUUUCCAAGAGGGGAAGAUGAUUCACGACAACAUUGUAGCCUCUGAGUUGGUGAAUCUAAUUUUCUCUAUGACCGGAGGGGGUGGCCUAGGUCUGAAAAUAGAUAUCAGGAAAGCUUAUGACACAAUAUCUUAG